UGAGUGGAGAAAAGGCACAGCCCAGUGCUGGAUCCCAGAGGGAUUGUCAGUGUGGUAAGGACCCUUGAGACGAAGGAGGGUGCAUGGAGGGUUCAAGGCCUAUGAAGCCAGGGUCGUCAGCCUGCCUCUGGUUGGGGCUGGUUUCUGUGGCUGUAGCCUUCCUAUGUGCAGAAGCCCGGACCACUCCGAGUCCCCUUCUCACCCCCAGCAAUGCGACCUGUGAGGGGAACUCUAAGUGUAAUCCAGGGAUCAUCCUGCCCAUCUGGUAUCCCGAGGAUCCCUCCAUGGGAGACAAGAUUGCACGGGUCAUUGUGUAUUUUGUGGCCCUGAUCUAUAUGUUCCUUGGAGUGUCCAUCAUUGCCGACCGUUUCAUGGCAGCCAUUGAGGUCAUCACUUCCCAGGAGAGGGAAAUUGUCAUCAAAAGGCCCAAUGGGGAAACAACCACCACCACCAUCCGGGUGUGGAAUGAAACAGUCUCCAACCUCACCCUCAUGGCCUUGGGCUCAUCCGCCCCUGAGAUCAUGCUCUCUGUAAUUGAGGUUUGUGGACAUGAUUUCAAAUCUGGUAAACUCGGGCCUUCAACAAUCGUUGGCAGCGCAGCCUUCAAUAUGUUUGUCAUCAUUGGCAUCUGUGUUUCUGCCAUACCCCAAGGAGAGGUACGCAAAAUCAAACACCUCAGAGUGUUCUUUAUCACUGCAGGCUGGAGCAUCUUUGCUUACAUUUGGCUCUACAUGAUCCUGGCUGUGUUCUCUCCCAAUGAAGUCCAGGUGUGGGAGGGUCUACUCACACUGGGCUUCUUCCCCAUAUGCGUAAUCCUUGCCUGGGUGGCAGACAGACGACUACUCUUCUACAAGUUCAUGCACAAGAAGUAUCGCAGCGACAAACACAGGGGUGUCAUCAUUGAGACAGAGACUGAACGCUCCAAGGGGAUUGAGAUGGAUGGCAAGAUGGUAAACUCUCACUUCAUGGAUGGCGGUGCAGCCAGCAAUCUUAUUGGUUUGAUUGAGAACAAAGAGGUAGAUGAGUCCCGCCGCGAUAUGAUCCGCAUCUUGAAAGACCUGAAGCAGAAGCACCCAGAUAAAGAGUUGGAUCAGCUAGUCGAAAUGGCCAACUAUUACGCUCUCUCGCACCAGCAAAAGAGCCGUGCCUUCUACCGUAUCCAAGCUACUCGCAUGAUGACAGGCGCAGGAAAUAUUCUCAAGAAACAUGUUGCAGAGCAGGCGAAAAAGAGCGUCAGUGUGCAAGAGGUGCAUGUGGAAGAGCCAGAAGAGUAUGUGUCUCGGAUCUCUUUUGAGCCUGCCGUCUACCAGUGCCUCGAGAACUGUGGCGCUGCCAUCCUGACCAUCACCAGGAAGGGUGGCGACAUCAACAAGACCAUCUACGUGGAUUAUAAGACAGAGGAUGGCUCGGCUAAUGCUGGGGCUGACUACGAAUUCACAGAGGGCUCGGUUGUGUUCAAACCAGGAGAGAUGAUCAAGGAAAUAAGCAUUGGCAUCAUAGAUGAUGACAUCUUUGAAGAGGACGAGCACUUUUUUGUGCGCCUCAAUAACCUACGUGUCCUGGAGGCUGAGGACGAGGUGCUAUCUCCUAACAGUCUCCCGUAUCCAAAGGCCAUGCUGGGCUUCCCUGCUGUGGCUACUGUGACCAUUCUGGAUGACGAUCACUCGGGCAUCUUCACCUUUGAAAGCAGCUCAGUGCACGUGAGUGAGAGCAUAUGCACUAUGGAAGUGAAAGUGCUAAGGACUUCUGGAGCAAGGGGGACUGUCAUAGUGCCUUAUCGCACCGUGGAAGGACUUGCCAAAGGAGGAGGGGAGGACUUUGAAGAUACCUACGGAGAGCUUGAGUUCAAGAACGACGAGACCUGCAAAUUUAUUCAAGUGAAAAUUAUUGACGAUGAAGAGUAUGAGAAAAACAAGAACUUCUUCCUGGAACUGGCCGAGCCUCGCAUGGUAGACAUGAGUCUGCAGAAAGCAAUGCUUCUUAGCUCUAAUGUGCCAGACAGGAAGAUGACAUCAGAUGAGGAGGAAGCCAAGCGCAUCGCCGAGAUGGGAAAGCCGGUGCUGGGGGAACACUCCAAGCUGGAAGUCAUUAUUGAGGAAUCGUACGAGUUUAAGAGCACAGUGGACAAGCUGAUCAAGAAGACCAACCUGGCGCUGGUGGUGGGGACGAACUCCUGGAGAGACCAGUUCAUGGAGGCCAUUACAGUCAGUGCAGAUGAGGACGAAGAGGACACAGGAGAGGAACGGCUGCCGUCCUGUUUCGACUACGUCAUGCACUUCCUCACUGUCUUCUGGAAGGUCCUGUUUGCUUGCGUCCCUCCCACGGACUACAUGAACGGUUGGGCCUGUUUCAUCAUCUCCAUCUUCAUCAUCGGCCUCCUCACGGCCAUCAUCGGCGACCUGGCGUCUCACUUUGGCUGCACCAUUGGCCUCAAGGACUCGGUCACUGCUGUGGUUUUUGUGGCGAUUGGUACAUCUGUGCCAGACACCUUUGCCAGUAAGGUAGCAGCAGUUCAGGACACCUACGCAGACGCCUCUAUUGGGAAUGUGACGGGCAGCAAUGCCGUCAACGUCUUCCUGGGAAUCGGCAUGGCCUGGUCGGUGGCAGCCAUCUACUGGCACAUGAAGGGGAAGCCGUUUGUGGUGGAAGCCGGCUCGCUGGCCUUCUCUGUCACUCUCUUCACCAUCUUCGCCUUCCUGGCCGUCUCGGUGCUGCUUUAUCGGCGCCGGGCCCACAUCGGAGGAGAACUGGGCGGGCCCCGGGGACACAGACUGGCCACGUCAGCCUUCUUGUUCGGCCUCUGGUUCCUUUACAUCCUCUUCUCCAGUCUGGAGGCCUACUGUCAUAUAGAGGGCUUCUAA